AUGGUGGAUUUUUGGGCGUCCUGGUGCGGACCGUGUCGACAGGAGGCGGCGACGCUGAACGGCAUCUAUGCCGCUUAUGCCGACGCGCCGGUGGAGUUCGUGGGCGUCAACGUCUGGGACACGCCGGACGCGGCAAAGGCCUUCCUGGUGGAGUUCGGCGUCGCCUAUCCCACGGGCGGGGACGAUGAUGGAGCGAUUGCGCUGGAAUACGGCGUGCGCGGCAUACCGGAGAAGUUCUUCAUUGACGCUGACGGGGUCGUGCGGCGCAAGUAUGUUGGACCCAUGCCGGAGGACGUCCUGCGGUCCACUCUGGAUGGAUUGCUGGCGGAAGCUCCGGGAAAUGGCGGCUAG